CAUUCGCAUUCGCCCUCUGCGUCAACUCCAAGCAAGCCUCGGCUUCUCAACACAACUACUUCAACUCUUUUUCACCAACACUUCUCAAUCGAACAUGUCUGGCCGUGGCAAGGGUGGCAAGGGUCUCGGAAAGGGCGGAGCCAAGCGUCACCGCAAGAUUCUCCGCGACAACAUCCAGGGCAUCACGAAGCCCGCUAUCCGUCGUCUUGCGCGCCGUGGUGGUGUGAAGCGUAUUUCUGGUCUCAUCUACGAGGAGACCCGUGGUGUUCUCAAGAUCUUCCUUGAAAACGUCAUCCGUGACUCUGUCACGUACACCGAGCACGCCAAGCGGAAGACGGUGACUGCUCUCGAUGUCGUCUACGCCCUUAAGCGGUCAGGACGCACGCUCUACGGUUUCGGUGCAUGAGCAUGAGGGGUUUUUGUCGUGUUUCUUUCGCAGCUUGUAUUGUAUUUGUACCAUUAUAAUUUCAUUUCUCUUUGGCAUAUCCUCC